GAAUUCAGUGAAUUCAGUAAAUCCAGUGAGUUCAGUGGUCAGGGAAAUAGAUCGAGUAGUCUUCCAGUUGUCUUGUCUUCUCUCAUUCGUGUGCUUGCCCACCAAUCAGGUGACAGAAUAGUUUUCUUCUCUCUACCCCAUCUCGAACUCACGCGUACUAGUCUCAAGGUUAAGCUGAUCAGCCUAUCGCAUCAAGGUCGAAAUCUAGAUUAGACAAGUAUCCUCGGCACCAAAAAGUGGGUAGACAAAUCAAGGUCAUAACAAAGUGGCGACGGAGAUUUUUUUUCUAUAUUGAUUGAUCCAGAACAAAAUGUCUGUAUCCUUGGACGACCUUAAAACUAUUCUACAAAUUCAGCAAGCGCAAAAUGAUGCAAAUCAAAUGAAGCUUUUAGAUGCACUGAUGCAGAAGCUGUCAUUACAUUCAUCCACAACUUAUCAAUCAGAUAAGUAUGAAUGCAUCACAAAUUCUAUUUGUGAAUUCCAUUAUGAUCCUGAAUCUGGUAUCAUUUUCAAUUCCUGGUUUCAUCGUUGCGAAGACAUAUUCCGUGUGGAAUGCUCAAAUCUUGAUGACGCAGCUAAAGUUCGCCUACUCCUGAGAAGACUCGGAACACGUGAAUACAACAAAUAUGUGAAUUUCAUCCUGCCACGAAAUCCACGAGAUUUAUCUUUCAAAGAGACAGUCCAAAUUUUAUCUGACAUUUUCGGCGAACAAUCUUCAUUAUUUAAUACUCGCUAUCGAUGUUUCCAAAUAUCGAAAUCCCCAGAUGAUGAUUAUCUCACAUAUGCUGGUAAAGUAAAUCGAGAAUGCGAACUGUUCAAAAUAAACGAGAUUACAGCUGACCAAUUCAAAUGCUUGAUUUUUAUAUGUGGUUUAAAGAAUGCAGAAGAUGCAGAUGUCCGUACCAGGAUGUUAGCACGCAUUGAACAGGAACCGAAUAUGACACUACAAAUGGUCACAACCGAGUGUCAGAGGUUGGUAAAUCUCAAGCAUGAUACCGCGAUGGUGCAACAGAAGGCUAAACCUUCCGAUUUUGGUUCAAUUAAUGCUCUCAGAUCCUCGAAAUUGUCCAAACAGAACACUACAACCACACAACUACCUUCUGUCAAACCCCCAUCACCAUGUUGGUUCUGCGGAGCAUGGCAUUUUGCGAAACUAUGUCCGUUCAAGAAUCACAAAUGCCGCAAAUGUCAUCGCAUUGGUCAUAAAGAAGGUCAUUGCUCAUCAAAUAAACGUAAGUCUAAAUGUCGUAGUGGAAAUGCGAAGCAACCACCACAGAGUCAAAUCAAAAGCACGUUCGCAGCCUUCAAAGUUGGUUUUCAAAGUAAGCGGAAGUAUGUAAACUUAUUAGUAAAUGAAAAACCCAUACGUCUUCAAUUGGACACUGCUUCUGAUGUUACACUGAUUUCCAAAAACACAUGGCGUAAUCUGGGAUAUCCACGCAUCCGACCAACAGAACAUGUUGCUCGCAAUGCUUCAGGAGAUAUAGUGAAGUUGACAGGAGAAGUCACAUGCAACGUUAAAUUCAUGGGACAUAAGUUCACCGAUGUCUGUUAUCUUACAAAUCGGCACGAUUUAGAUCUAUUAGGAUUAGACUGGAUUGAGAAGGUUGAUACCUUGAAUAAAUUAUUAAAUGAGGUAUGUUCUCAAAAUGCUUCCUUUGAGUCUAUCAAAAUUCCUGAUGAUAUUUCUAAAUCAAAUACCUCAGACAAAGUAUGCUCGCGUAAAACUUCAGAACCUCAUGUAAUUUGUGCCAAUGUUAUGUCCACACCAAAGUCUUCUGUUCCUUUUCAAAUGCCGAAGAUAUCUCCAAAGAAACCUUGGUCGUGUGUACAAAUUAAUUUUGCUGGCCCAUUUCAGGGUACAUAUUUCCUCAUUUGUGUCGAUGCUUAUUCAAAAUGGCCGGAGAUUAUCCCUAUGAACCAGGUCACUUCGCAAGACACUAUUAUGGAAUUACGGCAGUUAUUCUCCCGUUUUGGAGUCCCAAAUAUCCUUGUGUCGGAUAACGGCACUCAGUUUACUUCGUCCAUCUUCUCAGAUUUCUGCAAGAGAUUUGGAGUCAAUCAUGUUCGUUCACCUCCAUAUCAUCCACAAUCAAAUGGUCAAGCCGAAAGGUUUGUGGAUACCUUCAAGAGAGCGCUACUGAAGGGAAAAGGGGAGGGGAAGAUAAAGGAAAUUCUUAAUGAUUUUCUAUUUGUCUACAGAACAACUCCAAACCCGUCAGCACCAAAUCAAAUGUCUCCAGCAGAAAUUAUGUUUGGCAGAAAAGUUAAAACUGCUCUCGAUGCAAUAAAACCAGAGCGAAAUCUCAUAGGAACGAGAAACCGAAAGAUGGUAAUCCAAUUUAAUCGCCAUCAUGGGGCGAAAAAUAGAAUCUUCCGAAACAACCAAACAGUAUACGUCCGUGAUUUCAGAUACUCACCUCCACAAUGGACCAGUGGACUCAUACUAAAGAGACGGGGAAAUGUAAUGUAUGUGGUGGAAGUUGAAGGUCAAAAGUGGACACGUCAUGUUAACCACAUACUGGAAAAUUCUGGUACUGCACAGAAAACCGAGAAACUGAGUUCAAUGUGGCAAAUCUUCUUGGACAGUUUCGAUAUUAAAAGUUCAACGACUCACAAAACUGUGCAUCCGGAACAAGAUCCUAUUAGGAGAUCGUUACGAAAACGCAGAAGACCAGAUGUUCUACAAGUGGACCCAAAGAAAAGAGCAUACGUUUCUGAGGGGAGAUAUCAAUGAUGAUAUCUUAACUAUUACUUGUAAAUAGUGACUAAUCAUUUUCUUUUUUUUUAUUUAUUCCAGUUGGUCAAAUUAGUCACGCUUACACGGAUCGCAACGUAAACCGGUUUCACUUAUGCACUCAGUUGAAUGGCAGUUAUAACACUUUUUUUGUCAAGGGGGAAGAUGAUGUGAACCGGGAAACAAGAAGCCCUGACAAACUACGAAGGCUAUUUUUCGGGACGUUAUUUCAUUUUAUUCAAAGCUUGUAAAACAUUGACAUUUAUUUUUGUCCCUAAUCUAUUCUACAGAACAUAAGCUUUCGUUCGAUGUAUCAUUCACUGCCAUACCUUUUUCUGUUCCGAAGCUAUUGUAAUUUAAACAUAUUAUUUUGCACCCUAUUUUCUACUCUAAUUCCCAGCUUUGGACAUAAUUGUAUUUUUCCUAAUUAUUGUACGUUGCGGUCGGGUUAUUCACUUAUUUAUUCAUGUACCUUUUUACACUAAUCUGAAUUCAGUGAAUUCAGUAAAUCCAGUGAGUUCAGUGGUCAGGGAAAUAGAUCGAGUAGUCUUCC